UCCGCGGAAUAUAAGUAGUUAUGGGCCGUUAGCUUGGGAUUACGGCUUCCCUGCGACGUCUGUUCCAUGCUACCUAAAGCUAUACUUACCGUCCUGACUCAGCCAUCUUUUAUUGGACGGAGAUGAGUGGAUGGAAAGCAGGGGACCUGGCCACGCCUACUGAGAACGCGAAGAAAGAACCGUCACAAAUGGAGGGAUCUGAAGAGGCUGCGGUCUCGGGAAACAUCUUUAUCGAAACGCACGACGACGAGGGAGAGAUCGGAACUCUCGACGAGCCCAUUUCUGUGACUUUGGCUCGAGACGUGAAGGCGAUUCUCACCAAGUUUGUUCACGUCCUGUUACCAGUGAGGUCCAACAAAGCCCUGCUUCAUGAUUGGGACUUGUGGGGACCUCUAUGCCUCUGUCUGACUCUUUCACUCUUGCUACACGGUCGCUCCACCGACCAUUCGGACGAUAAAAACACCAUUCAUUUCGUCCAUGUCUUUCUCCUGGUUUGGGGAGGGGCUGGUGUGGUCACUCUCAACUCACAGCUACUCAAAGGAAAAGUCUCAUUCUUCCAGUCGGUGUGCACUCUGGGCUACUGUCUUCUUCCACUGACACUGGCUCUCCUUGUACUGCGGAUCCUCCUCUCAAUCGACUCCCUAACCCCUGCAAUCAUCUUCAUCAAACUGGCCCUCGUUGGAGGUGCCCUCACCUGGUCCAUAUGGGCCUCUCUGGGGUUCCUGUACGACUACCUGGCGGUGGAUCGAAGAGCUCUUGCCAUAUAUCCCCUGGUCCUGUUCUACCUCAGUAUUGGCUGCCUCAUUGCCACUCAGAAAUCUGGACUUUUCUGACAUUCUCUAUACAAUAGAACACAUUGUUAUUCUGCACUUUCCAACUAUGUUAUCAUCAACCCUUUGGGUUGGGUAUCUUCUUAAAUAAGCAGAAUUUUAUGUAUAAAGUAUUAGCGCCUAGUAUUAUAACCCCAUAUAAAUAUAAUAUUCUAAUGGACUUAUGAAGGCUCUGGACACAUUGUGUCGGCGGCUGAUUAAGUGUUAAGGCACUCAGACCA